UUACGUUAGCGUCGCAAUUGAAAACGCCAUUUUCCGGCGUCCCACGCUCACGAGGCACGCACGCGAAGUACAUCGCUGUUUAACGCCCUUAUUUUUUACGUAACGGCCCAAGGAUGUCGUACAAAGGACCGCAGAAAGUCCAGAAGGUGAUGGUGCAGCCCAUCAACCUGAUAUUUCGCUACCUGCAGAACCGUUCGCGCGUGCAAGUCUGGCUCUUCGAGAACGUGAACCUUCGGAUCGAGGGACACAUCGUCGGCUUCGACGAGUACAUGAAUCUGGUGCUGGAUGACGCCGAGGAGUAUCACCAGAAGACGAAAAACAGAAAGCCACUUGGACGGAUUAUGUUGAAAGGCGACAACAUCACGUUGAUUCAAAAUACGAAUCCCACGGUAAACUAAAGGAGGGAACAUAACCUCAACCUGGCGGCGAUUUCGGCGGGCGCCGGGUAAGAAGAUUGGCUCCGAAGAACUUGGAGUCUCUUCUUGGACUGUGACGACAAGAAAAGCUCUUCUCAGGGAGUUGCGUUGAAUGUGAAAGCCAAUAACUUUUUAGACGUACAAAGAGAAAUGUAUCGCGUGACUGAUGAUGACUGUACCUAGUGGAGAUUCGUAUUUGUGUUAUUCAGAGAUACAAGUUUUUUUUUCUGCUGUAUGUGAAUCUUAAAUGCGAGAUACAGUUAAAUCCUGCUGUGAGAAAAGGACCACUAAAUGUUUAGCAUAAACGCACAUCCCAAUAUCAGAUUUAACUUACACAAAUUUAAUUUUGCAAUUUUAAUCAUAUGUGCUGCUUAAGGGCACAGAUAUAUCAAUUUAUUUUGUAUGUCACAAUGUAACAAUUUUUGUAGAAAUCCAUUUUGAACUUAUUAUGUGAAAAUAGUAAACACGCAAGAUAAACAUAAUGUAUAUAAGUAAUUAUUAAAUAAUUUCGUAUUCUAAA